AUGCUGAAUCCAACGGUCAUCGGCCUUUUGGCUCUCCUAGUCUUCACCGCCUGUAUGGCCGAGGGCCUACAUGGAGCUGAAGCGGAAGCGUCCAUAGUACACCGUCUGAAGCGUCAUUUGAGACACAAGGAUAAACUUGGUUCUUCCAGUUCCUCCAGUUCCUCCAGUGCCUCUGUCUUCGGUGGAAAAACAUUAACAAAUACCCAAUCCCUAACAACUGGUCAAGGAUCAGCUAAUGCUAAAGCUGAUGCAGUUUCGAAUAAUCCUGGAUUAGGCCAACCUGAAGGCUAUGGUCCAAAUUUAGGCUAUAGUAAUCAAGGAGGAUUUGGUGGACAAGGAGGGUAUAAUGGACAAGUAGGAUAUAACGGACAAGGAGGAUUUGGAGGACAAGGAGGGUUUGGUUGGCCAGGACCUUUGGUUGGACAUGGAGCCCAGCAACCCUAUACUAAUUAUCAAGGACAAGGACAAGGACUCGGAUAUGGUGGAGCAAAUGGUGGAUUUGGAGGACCAGGUGCUUUAUAUCCUGCAGGAGGAUCCUUAGGAAAUGCCAAUGCCAAUGCUAAUGCUCAAGCUAGCGCCAAUGCUCAAGGAUAAUAACUUUUCUGACCAGAUGACAAACACAAUAAAAUGAGAAAUAAAAAUGCAGACUUCUAAACAAUGAUAACGAAUAUUCUUUCCCAGCAGAGUGGAAAAGGAUUUCUUUACAGACAAAUUUUUAAGAAUUGUUUUCGUAUUCAUCCAUCAGCAAGAUUUACACAUAUUUAUGAAUUAUUUAUGUGAAUAAUAAUUACGAAAAUGCAAAAUACAA